AUGUCAUCGAGCAUAGCUAACCAUAAUCCCCAUGAAGACCGUCGACGCUCCGUUCUGCCGACCACAGUCCCAGCUGCCACGCUCCUGCGUCCGUGUGCUGGCGGUGAGACCGACUCUGGCAGCCUCGACGAGUCUGCGGGCACUUCCUUGCUUCGAAGAGCCAGUUCUGCAGCCCAGAGCUUCCGGCGCGUGUCCAGAGCCUUUUGCGACGAGGGUCCCACCAAGGGCUUCCUCCGCGCUGCCAUGGGCGACCCCAAUCGCCCGAAGUACAUGCAACUGGCCAUCGAGAACGACGAAUUGCACGUCGAGUGGAAACGCCUGCGCGGCUACGUGCAGAGCUUCGAGGAGGAGUACAAGGCCUCCAAGGAGGCCAUUAUCGAUCCAUAUCGACGGUACAAACGCCUUCAGGCGAUGGUGAAGAAGCUGAUCCUUCAUCUCAGGCUCAACGAUCCGGUGCCGUUGGCGCAGAUGCCGUCCGCGGGGAAAUCUGGUGAGCGCAAAAGUGGCCCCGUGUUCGCCGGCGGGCAGGUGCUUCAGAGCAGUGUGCGAGAACGCGAGAUGCGUCAAAAACACACCAACAUCUGCGACUCUCUCACGACCGAGCAACUGGCUAGAGAGACGGAACGUAUGCGCGAUCGAAACACCGAGUUGCAAGGCCGCAUCGACCUCGUUGUGGACGGUAUCAACGCACUAGAGAUCGCCUACAAGACGUGCAAGGAGGCUCCCAUCGUCUUGCGGUAUCUUCGUCUCAAAUCAGCUGCCAAAACCUUCCUCUCAAGCUGUAAUUUUUGA